AUGGUGACGAACAUCCUGUCGCGCCUGCGCACAUUGCCUGUCCGCGGUAUGCUGACUGUAAUUGGCGGGUUCCUAAUUCAUAGCACCCUCAGCACCGGAUACAUCUUUGUACAUACACAAUCACAUCCCUUGUUUCCAGGCAACAUGACACCCUAUCUGACGUCAUUUCUGCGUGCCAGAAGUGGGUCGACUGACGCUACGUACUCAGAAACUGUUUGGAUCUCUACAGCGAACUAUUUGUCCUUGGCAUUUUGUAUGCCCAUAUUAGGCUGGAUAGAACAGAAACUGUCUCCAAGGAUUUGUACGCUGAUUGGUGGACUUAUCUUCAGUUCCGGUAUGCUCCUCACCUACUUCACCAUGCAACAUUCCCUCCUCUUGACGGCCUUGACCUAUGGCGUCCUCAAUGGCGCUGGGAAGAGUAUGGCGUUCCCUGGAGCUGUGAAAUGUGCCUUCAAGCAUUCCCUCCUUUUGACGACCUUGACCUAUGGCGUCCUCAAUGGCGCUGGGAAGAGUAUGGCGUACUCUGGAGCUGUGCCCUCAAGGUCAGUUUCAAAAUACCGACGUGGCAGGGGCAAAAGAUGGUUCCCCAACAGAUCAGGUCUCGUGACAGGCAUCAUUAUCUGUGGAAUCGGGUUUGGAACCUUCGUGUUCAACCAGGUCGUCACGGCCUUCAUCAACCCUGACAACUUCUCCCCUGAUGAAACAAUCAAAGAUGAUUUGUACUUCACACAGAGCUCCCUUCUAGACAGGGUACCAUACAGCUUCCUGCUGCUGGGCGGGGUCUACACAGCCAUACAGAUCCUCGCCGUCCUCUUCCUCAUAGCCACGCCCACAGACACGCCCACACAGGAAGUCAACGUGGAGAAGAGCCCUGAUCAAGAGAAGAUGCCGGAUGAAAAGAUGAAAGAAGAUCUCGACACCGUAUCCAGCACAGACAGUGGUGACACUGAUGACGACGAUGGCAACUACACUCCACGUCAGGUUCUUCGGUCGAAGCUGUUCUACUUGCUGUGGGUCAUCUACGGCUGUGUGGCCCUUGGCUUUUUCUUUGUGACGAACUUCUACAAGACAUUUUCCCAGACUUUUAUCAUAGAUGACCAUUUUCUGGCUCUGGCCGGCUCUGUCGGAUCGGCCUUUAAUGCUCUGGGGCGACCGGUCUGGGGAGCCGUGGGGGACAAGAUAGGCUACAGGGAAUCACUCACUAUUGUCAUCGGGGUGUUUGGAACAGCAGGAGCGACCUUCACCUUGUGUGAAUAUGGCGGGAAAGUGAUGCUGAUGAUCUGGCUGUGUCUGAUCUACGGGACAAUCUCGGGAUUCUACGCCCUAAUGAUCUCAUUGACAGUCUCGCUGUAUGGUCAGAAGUACUACACCGUCAACUACGGCCUACUCUACACCUGCAUGAUUGUAGUUCAGCUGGCAGGUGCGCUCCUGACGUCACAGCUGAAAUCCGCUAUUGGAUGGCAAGGGAUACUGUACAUAGGAGCCGGAGGGAUCAUGUUCAGUUUCUGUUUGUGUUGUGGAAUGCUUGUACAGUACCGACUGGCCAAGAGGAAGGAUAAAAAGUUAGGAAACAAACACGUCGAGAAUACAAACACGUCUGUUGAUACCCGUCUGUAAAAUGUGAAACUGAGCAACAGUCGGAAGGAAAUUUAGGGAAGUGACAAUUGUGCUCUGUUGGAAUAAUAGCGUUUUAUCACAACGCUCACAGUAGAUGGAACCAGGUAAAACGCAUGUACAUAGGAAGAAUUCAUACUGUACAAUGUUCUAAUAAAACAAA